UGCAUCUCACAGGCGGAAGAAGAGAAAACCUUGUUAUCAUGUCGCAACAUUUUCGCACAUUUGAUGGCAGAGGGCAGGGUGAGGGAGAGGAGGCAUUUGAUGCACAAGUGGACAUGAAAAAUUUCGACAUCUUCAACGAGAAACUUGUUGCAGAUGCGUACAUCGACGAAGACUUUUGCAAGAUUCCGGAGUCAAAGGACAGCAGUGAAGCAGGAUGGUGUCAUGCCGUGCUGAGGUUGGCAAGACACUACAGUGAGCCGCAUCCCGCUUUACGUAUCGUUGAUGGAUCGGCGUCCCCCGAUGGAAAGCUAAUGCAACUAGCAGUCUCAUCACUCAUGAGAACAUGUCAUACGGGGAAGGACUUUUCCUGUGGUGGGAAGUCAUGGUUUGUGCUGGUAAAUAAAGAGGCUGUUAUGUGUACAUACGAAGGAUGGGACGAUAACCUGGGUUGUGUAGUUGCUGAAGCAGUUGCUCGUGCUGAUGGUCAUAUGAUGUCCACCCUGGUUUGGUUGAGUAGAAAGAGAGUCCGAUAUCGUUGUAAAGUCGUUGGUCAUCGAAGGAUCGUGGGUAGUGUAGAAAUGGCAACGAGGACAAAAUACGACGACAUCUGCAGAAAGAGAGGUGAGCAAAGAAGCAACUCAGCUCGGUUCAAUGAAGAAGUCGACGUGCGUCGGGCAAGAGGAGCAAGACACAUGAGCAAUAUAAAGGUAGAUCGUGCCAAAGAAGAUGUGAAAAGCACAACUGAUCUUCGGCAACGGUUCAGGGAGGAGUUCAAGGAGAAAGGCAAAGGUGGGAUCGACGGGAUGUCUUCAACCCCGAGAUGGAAUAUGGAACAAAGGAGGGAGGAGGGAACAACGAUGCCCGCCGCAUCACGGAAGGCAAAGAAAUUGCGUCUGGAGGAGGAGAAGGAGGAUGUCAUCAUUGACAACCCACACAGAGUUCAAUCCGCGCAACGCAGGGAGAGAACAACCCUUGGGGGGGAGGUGGAAGACGUGUGGAAAACAAAUGCACAAGAGCAGGAGACAAAGGUUCACCGAGGAACAGAGAGGCUAAACAUGACAACAAAAGUUUCAGAGAAAGGGAACUGAAAACACACCCCUAUCAGUCACGUAGACAAGAACACGAAGUUUAUCCUGCGUCGCAGGAGGUGGAGGAAAAUACGGAUAGAGAAAACGAGCAUUCGGAACACACACGUUCACAAACAGAAUCACAAACAAGUCCGGCUCAGGGUCGACAGAAUGACUAUGAGGAAGAUGAUUCUGAUAAAGGAGGAAAGGAAGUCACAGGGGAAGAUAUGGAUGACGAAGAUGAGCAAGAUUGUGACAACUCCAAUGAAACGACGAAGCUGCGCGAAGAGAAAACAUGUAAAUGUCAUUCCAUGAAAGACAUUCGCAGCAUAACAAAUAGUGUUCUUCCUU